CUUAACUUCUUCUUCUUGCACAUCAUCAUCUCUUCUUAUACUUUUGCUUUUAAAGAUGGCUUCCAUCACUGCACAACAAGGUGUAUUUGCCUUGCCAAACAUUGUGAACGAACCUUGUCGCAAUUAUGAGCCAGGAUCUGCCGACAGAACAAAGUUGCAACAAGCCUUAAAAGAGAUGCAACAAGAAGCAGCUCAAGGUAAAAUUCACGUUCCAUGUAUCGUGAAUGGCAAACCUAUCAAAACAUCUUCUCAAGCAAAACAAGUUAACCCAAGCAACUUUGAAGAAGUUUUAUGCACUUAUGAUGAAGCUGAUAAAGGAUUGAUCAACACUGCCAUCAAAGGUGCAUUGGAAGCACGCGCAAACUGGGAACGUAUGCCUCUCAAUGAUCGUGCAGCAAUCUUCCUUAAAGCUGCUGAUCUUUUAGCCAACAAAUACCGUUAUAAGAUCAUGGCCGCAACUAUGUUAGGUCAAGGAAAGAAUAUUUGGCAAGCAGAAAUCGAUGCUGCAGCUGAAUCAUGUGAUUUCUUACGUUUUGGAAUCAAGUAUAUGCAUCAACUAUACUCUAUUCAACCUCCAGAGAACAGUGCAGGUGUUUGGAACAGAGUAGAAUAUCGUCCUUUGGAAGGUUUCGUUUUAGCCGUUAGCCCUUUCAACUUCACUGCGAUUGGUAUCAAUCUGGCCGCUGCUCCUGCAAUGGUUGGUAAUGUGGUCAUUUGGAAACCAUCUCCAAUGGCAGUAUACUCCAACUACCUUAUGCUACAAAUCUUGCAUGAAGCAGGUUUACCCGCUGGAGUGAUUCAAUUCUGCCCUGGUCCAGCAGGAGAAGUUGUUUCAACUGCUUUGGCACAUCGUGAAUUUGCCUCUCUUCAUUUCACCGGUUCUACGACAAUUUUCAAGAAGCUAUGGAAACAAAUUGCUGAUAACAUCGAAAAUUACCGUUCAUAUCCCCGUAUCGUUGGUGAAACGGGUGGAAAGAACUUCCACUUUGUUCAUUCAAGCGCAAACGUUGAACAUGCAGUUCAUCAAACUAUUCGUGCUGCGUUUGAAUAUCAAGGUCAAAAGUGUAGUGCUUUGAGCAGAUUAUACGUUCCUCAAAGUAUGUGGACAAACGGCGGAUUUAAGCAAUUACUAUCUGAACAAGUUUCAAAAAUUUCCGUUGGACCAGUCGAAGAAUUCCAACACUUCUGUGGACCAGUGAUUGCCAAGACUGCAUUUGAGAGAAUCACUUCGAUGAUCAAUGAAGCUAAACAAGCAGGCGGUAAGAUUGUCUGCGGAGGUACAUCUGAUGGCACAAAAGGAUUCUUUGUUCAACCUACAGUGAUUGAAACAGAUGAUCCAAAGAGCGUAACUAUGGUAAACGAAAUCUUCGGACCCGUUUUAACGGUUUAUCCUUACCCAGAUGAUCAGGUCGACCAAACAUGCGCUUUAGUGGACGGAACAACAGACUAUUCGUUGACUGGAGCAAUUUUCGCACAAGACCGUAACGCAUUGAUUCACAUCAGUAACCUCUUGCGUGAUGCAAGCGGAAUGAUGUACUUUAACGAUAAAUGCACAGGUGCCGUUGUAGGACAACAACCAUUUGGAGGCGCAAGAGGUUCAGGAACAAAUGAUCGUGCUGGAAGCAUGGCAUUACUCCUCCGUUUCACUUCUGCCCGUACUAUCAAAGAAUCAUUCAACGAGAUUCCUCAUUAUAUCUAUCCUUCCAAUCUUUCUUGAGAACAAAAUUGCUUUUAUCAAUGUACAUUAAGUAGACAAAUUAUACAAU